AUGCCAGAUCAGUACACCAGCUCCUUCGGCAUCGACCCUGCCAGUGGCAUCAUCACCGUGGUGAAGGGACUGGACAGGGAGGAAGUUACCAUGGCAACCCUGAACAUCCAGGCGGCUCAGACUGAUGACAGUCUGAAGACGGCUGAAGCAUCGCUGUUUGUGACGGUCGAGGACGUGAACGACAACGCGCCCGAGUUCGAUGCAGCCGCGUACGCCGCGGACAUCCUGGAGAACUCCCCCGAAGGCUCCUUCGUGCUGAGAGUCAGGGUCACGGACCGAGACGAGGGCGGGUUCAACGGAACGCUGCAGAUCAUUCCGGAAUCCGUGCCGUUCGCCAUAACCCCUGACGGAGCUCUGCAGGUGAAGAAUUCCAUAGCCCUGGACAGAGAGCAGACUCCCAGACUCUCCUUCCAGAUCGAAGCAAGAGAGGACGCCCCGCCCAACCGCGUUGUCCUGGCUGAUGUGGUCGUAACCCUCCUGGAUGUCAACGACAACAACCCUCGGUUUGAGAGUGCCAAUUACGAAGGAAUGAUCUUUAAAAUAAACCAAACAGUGGGGAUGACCGUUGCCACGGUGCACGCUGACGAUCUGGACGAAGGUGCGAACGGACGAGUCUCGUACGCUAUAGAAGGGGGAAACCAGGACGAGUAUUUCUCCAUAAACGCAGAAACCGGACAGAUCACGCUGAUGAAGGAGGUUGUUUUCCAGGAAAACAAAUAUCUCCAGUUCCUCCUGUUCGUAACCGCAAGUGACGGUGGGGAGGUGACCAGGUUCUCCUCCACGCAGGUGCGCAUCCUGGCACCUGGCACCUCUAACCCCCAGUUCCUGUUGCCUAGCUACCACGGAAGCCUGCAGGAGGAGUUGGACCCCCCCGUGCAAAUCCUCAAGUUGACCUUCCUCUCUCCUGGGAUUGGCGUGACACUGGCAGUCCUCAGCGAGAUGGACAAGUUCUCUGUGGAGCCUAAUGGCACGUUCCUCACCCUCGUGAGACUGGACCAUGAGGUCCGGACCAACUACUCCGUCAGGGUGUCCAUCUCUGACGGAACCAGGUCCGACGAGACCACGGUUCUGGUGGACGUGAUCGACAUCAACGACAACACGCCCGUUUUCGCCUCCGGUCUGGUGAAGGUGGAUGUCGGCGAAGACGUGGAGCUAGGCACUAACGUCACAGAGCUGGGGGCCUCCGACGCAGACUCUGGGUUCAACGGCGAGCUUUUCUACUCUCUGCGGGGGGGCGAGGGGAAGUUCAGCAUCGACCCCCAGUCCGCCAUGAUCUCGUUGGCUGGGACACUGGACAGGGAGGCACAGGCUGAGUAUACCCUGGAGGUCGUGGCACGGGACCAAGGUCAACCGCCAAGGUCCUCCAGUGCCGUUGUAGUGGUCAACGUGACCGACGUCAACGACAACAGCCCCCGGUUCCCGCAAGCCCAGUACGAGGAGGUCGUCCCAGAGAACUUCACAGUGGGAACGACGAUCCUGGUGCUGACCGCCACGGAUCCGGACCAGGGCUCCAACGCGCUGGUGACGUACCGGAUCGCCCAGCAGAGCCCGUCCACCGACCCGCCCGUCUUCAUCCUGGACCCGGCGUCUGGCACGCUGUGGCUGAACACGCCGCUGGACUUCGGGAAGGCGAGCGGCUACACCCUGACCGUAGAGGCCGUGGACGGGGGGACGCCGGCUCUUAACGGGACGUGUUUGGUCACCGUGCGAGUCCAGGACCUGAACAACGAACCGCCCAAAUUCAGCAGAGACCGCUAUGACAUCGCUGCCUUUGAGAGCCUGCCCAGCGGAACCGCCAUUCUGACCCUGGAGGUGACAGACGAAGACGAGGCAGGCUUUUCAAAUGGCCACUUCCUCCUGAACAGCGACACCUUCAGUAUAAACGCACAGGGAAUCCUGUCCCUGAACAGGAAUGCAACACUCGACCGGGAGAAGCAGGACAACUACCUUCUGCAGGUGGUGGCGGUCGACUCGGCCACCGAUGGACUGAGUGCCACGGCUCAGCUCAACAUCACCGUCCUGGACGUCAACGACAACAACCCCCAGUUCCUGCCCCUCCCCGACCCCAUCGUCCUCCCCGAGGGGAACUACUCCGCCCAGGCCCCGUGGGAGGUCUGCUCAAUCUCCACCUCCGACCUCGACCAGGGCGACAACGGAAAGGUCACCCUCUCCCUGUCCAAUCCCAGCGCCCCGUUUCAGUUGACGGAGGACGGGAUGCUCUUGGCUGUGGGACCUCUGGAUCGAGAAGAGAAGGACAUCUAUGACCUGGUGAUAGCAGCCUCUGACCACGGCUCGCCACAGAGAAAGAACAUCACCUACAUCACAGUCACCGUCACAGACGUGAACGACAACGCCCCGGAGUUCAGCCAGGGGGUGUACUCCCGUGACAUCCUGGUGAAGGACGCCGCAGUGGGGGACCUGGUGCUGACGCUCUCUGCUACGGACCGGGACGCCGGGGUCAACGCAAACAUCACAUACAGUUUCUCUGCAGGCUGGCCUCUCCUGAGCCUCGACAGUAAGACGGGUGACAUCACGCUGACCUCCGACCUUUCAGGGGUCACAGAGGAUACUGUGCUGGAGGUCACUGCCGUGGCCCAGGACCAGGGGGAGCCCCAGCGCACCUCCACAGCGAUGGUCGAGGUGUCCCUCUUCACCGUCAGCCUGAUCCCGGGCGUGGCCUUCCGGAGCCCCGCCUACAACUUCUCUGUGGCGGAGAACGAGCCGGCGGGCGCGGCGGUGGGCGUGGUCAAGGCCCUGACUGGCAGCUCAUUGGUCCAGGUGACCUACGCCCUGGGGUCGCACACGGACCUGUUCGCCGUGGACGAGGAGGGCGUGGUCAGCACGCUCCGGCCCCUGGACUCAGAGACGCAGGAGUGGUACAACAUGGCGGUGGAGGCCACAGACUCCAGGACCCCGCCCAACACGGCUGUAACCAUGGUGUCGGUCCGGGUGGAGGACGUGAACGAGGCGCCGGUCUUUAACAACAGCGUCUACAGCGCCAACAUCUUCAGCAUCGCGCCCUACAAAUACCCCGUCCUGCAGGUGGAGGCCACAGACCCGGACGUGGGGCAGACAGGGCAGCUGGUGUACAGCCUGGAGCAGGACAGCGGGCUGCUGGAGGUGGAGCCCUCCUCUGGGCGGGUGUACGUGGUGUCAGUGGAGGGCCAGGCUGGAGAGAAGACUCUGAGGGUGAGGGCCACAGACCCCCAGGGCCUCAGGGCCACAGCGGAGGUCAAGGUGAUAAUCCAGGAGAGCAAAGCGGACGACAUGGUGGUCAUCUCUCUGAACCAGCCCAUCAACGUGGUGGACAAGAAUGUUGUGGAAAUGGAGAGGUCCCUGGAGAUCGCGCUGGAUUGGACAGUGAAGGUCCUCAGCAUCACGAGCGUCAGCACCUUUGGGGGCGGGGCCAGGUCCUCCAGGGAGACCGGCAAGACAUAUGUCACCUUCAUAGCCAUGAAUACCACCGGAGACAUCGUGUCCUCUGAAGACGUCAAAAGGAAGCUGCAGAGCGAGAGGGACGCUGUGACGGCCGAGCUGGCCAAGGUGUUCGGACAGGAAGUGGAAUACACCGUGGAGACGGGGCCAGGGGAGCCAGACUCCUCCCAGCAGACGCGCGACAUCGUUCUGGGCGUGCUGCUGGCGCUGAGCAUGCUGGGAUUGGUGGCGGUGGUGAUUCCCAACACGCCCACUCCCAACACGUCCACUCCCAACACGCCCAGUCCCAACACGUCCACUCCCAACACGUCCACUCCCAACACGCCCACUCCCAACACGUCCACUCCCAACACGAGGAGAAUCCCAAAAAGGAAGACGUCAACCAGCAGUGCAAACAGCCACAGCCAGGACAGGACUCACAGCACUGUGAACGAUUAG